GGGACCGUACCGUCGUUCGCAGUGGGCUGCUCCGUGCCGGCAAAAACCACUACAUCUCCCCCCGCCCGGAGACACACGAUAUCUCUGUCCUCUGCCCAACCCCAUCCGACGGUCGGCGAGGGGUGUGUCGCCGGGGUUAGUGGAUGAUGGGGUUUUGGACGACCCCGCCGAUAACACAUUUUGGCCGAUCCUCCACAGCGGAUGGCGAUCGAUCGGGGGUUGGGGGGGCUGUGGCCGAGGAGCCGGCUCCGACACCAAUGUUCACUGUGGAGCCACACACGAAAUGACGACCCCCGAGCGAGCCAAAGCCCACUCCACGCCUCAACCGGAUCAAUUCACGCAUUCGACGCAAUCAGUCCGGUUACGUGUGUUCCAUCGUACGCCGGAUGUCCCACCCCUUCAUGAUGGAUCACCCCCACUGAGCCGAAGACCCAAACCACGAUCCCCGCUCUCCGCCGGGGUUGUCUUCCGCGCUGGGGUGGGACAGCACGAGGCCUCUUGGGGUGGGGUGGUCAUCGAGGGCGUGCAGAGGGGCGUGGGCUCCCUGUCCCCGAGUGAAGCCAGAGCGUGCCAGCGGUCGGCAGGGAAAAGCCCGGCGGGUCGUCCACGGACGAAGAGGACGUAUGGGGCCCUACCCGGAGAGAUAGGCGCAUCCCCCAUGCUCGCUCGGGCAGUACCGGCUCUCACGUCCGGGUAUGCCGAGCCUGCUGCGGAAGGCGCCACCCCGCGUGACAGCGGAUGGCCGGCCGAGACCAGGAAAAAGACCAAUCGACCCGGCGCCCGGAGGGUCCUUCUUCCCUCCACCCGCACGACGGCAUGAUGGCCCAGCACGGGUCAAUAGCGAACACAGCACGGGGAUCGCACGAACAACAGUACGAUACUUCCCGGGGUGCCCCCAAGCCUUGCUCCUGUUCCGGGGGGAUUGGCCGUC